AGCGUGUAAACGUUGGAGUUUUACGCAGGAGCCGAGCUGAGAAUAUGUCACAGUGAAUAUCAGGUAUAUGAUUCAGUAUGUUUGGAUUGUAUUUUAUUAAGUACCACGGUACACCGGAGGAUGGAGCUCGCACGAGGGGCUGAAGGACGCUGUUGCGCCGCUGCUGCCUCUGUGCGUAAAGGGGGCGUUCCGGAGCCUGGAGACUUCUGUGUUGGGGGUACCAGGUGUGUUCAAACCUGUGGCAGCCGGACGGUCGCGGACGUCUCUCCGCUCAGUCAUCACCACACCACGGGCUGGAUCUCCGCUGCGUGAACCGCCUCCCGGUGAACGCUCGCCGCCGCCCACAGGUAUGAAGGGAUGUCUCGUUGAUGCACCGCAAUCCAGCGACGGAGAGCUCUUAGUCUAACGCACACUCUGUUUACAUCCCGUUUUUGGCUACUUGGCGUCGGGAGACGGAAGCCAGAUGCACGGAUAUGGUUCCAGCGCACGGAACCUUUGAUUGUUGGUCCAUUUUCUAAAACCACCGCGGUGUGUUUUACGCACAGGCAGCGCUUGGAAUUACUGCAGCCGAGGCAACUGUGUGCGCACCGGAGCACAAGCCCGUGGGAUGACAGACCUCGGCGGCGUGUUGACGAGUGAGAAGCAGCCUCAUUAACGCCAGGAAGAUGAAAUCCCCAGCAGGUCGGGAGGGAAACACAGGAGGGUUUAUUAGGCCGCGUCACUCCGCGCUCAUUUAACCACAGCACACGGAGGCGACUGUUCCCACUAAGAUCGUUCGUUGUUGAGCCAAAAGGGAAGGAACCAUGUCCAGGACACUGAAGAAGAAGAAACACUGGUCCGGUAAAGUGGUGGAGUGCGCGGUGUCAUGGGGGAACCUCGGAGACUUUGGCUCCGUGGUGGAGGUUCUCGGGGGCGCGGAGCUGGGACAGUUCCCGUACCUGGGCCAGAUGAAGCUGGACGUGCUGGUGUGCCACGUCGGGAAGCUGCCCUACUACGGGGACGUGUUGCUGGAGGUGAACGGGACACCCGUCAGUGGACUUACAAACCGAGACACCCUGGCUGUCAUCCGCCACUUUCGGGAGCCGAUUCGCCUGAAGACGGUCAAACCAGGUAAAGUACUGAACUCGGACCUGCGCCACUACCUCAGCCUGCAGUUUCAGAAGGGCUCGCUGGACCACAAGCUCCAACAGAUCAUCCGGGACAAUCUCUACCUACGCACCAUCCCCUGCACCACACGGCUUCCUCGAGAUGGGGAGGUGCCAGGAGUGGACUACAACUUCAUCAGUGUUGGAGACUUCAGGAUCCUGGAGGAGAGUGGACUUCUCCUGGAGAGUGGGACCUAUGAUGGUAACUACUAUGGGACUCCCAAACCUCCAGCUGAGCCCAACCUGGUGCAGCCUGACCUGGUGGAUCAGGUGCUGUUUGAUGAAGACUACGUUGGUGACGUUCCCAGAAAACGCACCACCUCAGUUAGCAAGAUGGACAGAAAGGACAGCGCAGUCCCUGAGGAAGAAGACGAUGACGACAGGCCACCGCUAGUCAAUGGAUUGCCCGAGCUCAAAGAGAGGGCGGACUGGAGGAAAGCGGUGCCCAGCUAUACCCAGUCCAGUAGCUCCAUGGACUUCCGCACAUGGAGCUCUCUUCCCCGCGAUGACAGCCUGGAGCCGCUGCCCCUUAACUGGGAGAUGGCUUACACUGAGACCGGCAUGGUCUACUUCAUAGAUCACAACACCAAGACGACUACGUGGUUGGACCCCCGCUUGGCAAAGAAGGCGAAGCCCCCUGAGAAGUGUGAGGAUGGGGAGUUGCCUUACGGCUGGGAGGAAAUUGAUGAUCCACAGUACGGCACAUACUACGUGGACCACAUCAACCAGAAAACCCAGUUUGAGAACCCGGUCCUGGAGGCAAAGAAGAAGCUGAGCCAGGAGACGGCUGCGAUCCAACAAGCCGCAGCGGCACCUCCCCAAAGUAAGGGAGGAGGGUCCAGCUUCACCUCAGACCCCAACCAGCUGAAGGGGGAGAUGUACCACACAGCGUUGAAGAAGAGCUCCCAGGGGUUCGGCUUCACCAUCAUCGGAGGUGACCGCACGGACGAAUUCCUGCAGGUGAAAAAUGUGCUCGGCGACGGCCCCGCUGCCCACGACAACAAGAUGGCAUCUGGUGAUGUGAUUGUUGAGAUCAACGGGCUGUGCGUGCUGGGCAAGACUCAUCCAGAGGUGGUGCAGAUGUUCCAGUCCAUUCCCAUCAACCAGUACGUGGACAUGGUUCUUUGCCGUGGAUACCCGCUCCCCCCAGAUGUGGAUCUGAACAGCGACGACCCUCUCCCACCUCCUCCUCUUCCGUCGGCCACCCAGCCCCAGCAGGCCCUGCACGGUGGAGAGGUAGUGACGGCUGUGCCCCUCAUCAACGGGCAGCCGCUGCUCGUGAAAGGCGACGUCCUCCACGGGUCCUCUCAGGAGCUCCACUACGUCACCACAGACUCAAGCGGUCGGCCCGUCGUGGCCGCCAUGCCCAACGGCAGGCAGGGGGAGGUGGCAGGGAUGCUGCAGCCUGAGCUGGUGAGCGUGCCGCUGGUGAAGGGGCCGGGGGGGUUCGGGUUCGCUAUCGCUGACUGCCCGCUGGGCCAGAAGGUGAAGAUGAUCCUGGAUGCUCAGUGGUGCCGUGGCCUGCAGAAAGGAGAUGUCAUCAAGGAGAUCAACAGGCAAAAUGUGCAAACUCUGAGUCAUGCUCAAGUGGUGGACAUUCUUAAAGACUUGCCGGUGGGCAGCGAGGUCAACGUGCUCGUGCUGCGAGGAGGUCAAACAUCCCCUGUGAAGAGUCUAAAGCCUAGACAGGAAAUGACGGCCAGCACAGAGACCUUGGAGGGUAUCGGUGACUCGGCUCCCCAGGCCUUGCCUUACCACUCCAACACGAGCACCCUGCGCUCCGUCGACUCCCCCAAACGAGACGCCACAGAGAUGUACCUGAAGUCCAAAGCCCUGCUGGACAGCAGACAGCCUCACACCAAAGACAUAGAUGUUUUUCUAAAGAGAGACAUAGAAACAGGCUUUGGUUUCCGUGUUCUGGGAGGAGAAGGUCCACAACAACCAAAUGUCUUUCCCCAGGUGUACAUCGGGGCCAUUGUGCCCAACGGAGCUGCAGAGAAAGACGGUCGUAUGAGAGCAGGGGACGAGCUCAUCGGCAUCGACGGUGUGAUGGUUAAAGGUCGUUCUCACAAGCAGGUGUUGGAUCUGAUGACCAACGCUGCCAGAAACGGUCAAGUCAUGUUGACUGUACGGAGAAAGGUCAUCUACAGAGAUGCCACCGAGGAGGAGGCUCUGGAAAUGGCUCCAGUGCUGGUGAACGGUUCCCCCAAGCUACCUCGUCUGCCGAUACCCAGCGCUCUGGACCACGAGUCUUUUGACAUCACGCUCCACCGCAAAGACAUCGAGGGAUUUGGCUUUGUCAUCCUCACGUCCAAGAGCAAACCACCGCUCGGAGUUAUCCCGCACAAAAUUGGCCGAAUCAUUGAAGGCAGUCCCACCGACCGCUGCGGCCUGCUGCACGUCGGAGAUCGUAUCUCGGCGGUCAACGGGCGCUCCAUCAUUGAGCUCUCUCACAAUGACAUUGUGCAGCUUAUCAAGGAGGCCGGCAACGUUGUCACUCUCACUGUAGUUCCAGAGGAUGAAUACAAGGGCCCUCCGUCUGGAGCGAGUUCAGCAAAGCAGAGUCCGGCUCUGCAGCACAGGGCCAUGGGUCAGAGGUCAGCCCUUCAGGAUGAACGUUAUAACCUCGACCUGGAGGAGAAGAGAGACGGAGUCAACUGGUCCGACCACAAAACGCUUCCUCUCAGCGAGCAGGGAACUCUUUGUGUGACAGGACCCAACCAGGGUUGUCUGACAGUGGAGCUGGAGCGGGGACCUCGGGGCUUCGGCUUCAGUCUUCGGGGGGGAACAGAGUACAACAUGGGCCUGUACAUCCUGAGACUGGCAGAGGACGGAGCUGCUCAGAUCGAUGGAAGAAUCCAUGUUGGAGAUGAGAUAGUGGAGAUUAAUGGGGAGCCGGCUCGUGGCAUCUCUCAUACACGGGCUAUUGAGCUGAUUCAGGCUGGAGGAAACAAAGUGGCGCUGCUGCUGCGACCUGGAGCAGGCCUGGCUCAAGAUGGCAGUCAACGCGAUCAAAAAUUCAUUUCACCCAGAAGCUACUCCAGUGAGGUGUUUUUCUCUGACACAUCACCCCUGUCCUCUCCAUACUCCACUGGGGCUUCCGUCUUCGUGUCCCCUCCCUUCUCUAGCAAACUGAAACAUUCCUCCAGCUGGAGCACCCUGUCCCCACAAGGCCUCAAGCCCCGCAGCAGCAGCAGCAGUGGCAGCCGGGGUUUAAGCUCCGUGGAGGAGAGUGGUGAGUGGGCCGACAGGGAGGUAAGAAGGCUUUCUCCCUCCUCCCCCGAGCACGUGAAGUUCUACAAGAGGACCCGGCCCACAAAAGACUCCAGAGAGCUAAGCAGCCCAAAGAAAACAGGGGAGACAUUUCCUAAAGCCAAAGAGCAACUUCACAGUCCCACGAAGACGGAGAGUCGUGCACGGGAAGGAGCGACGAGCGGGAACAGGACGUCUCACACACAAACAAAACCAGAAUCCGUGAGGAGGUCUCCUCAGGCAGGACAGCAGCCAGCUUCGACUCUGCAGCAGCGAGGCCCUCAGCGGAGAUUAAAAGACUCCUCCAGCAGAGAGAGCUUGAAUCACGAGAAGAAAAAUGGCAAUGGACUUGGUCUUGAGACUAGGCGAUACUCACAAGGGAAAGAGAUGGAAGGGAGAGGGGAGAGGAUGAGGCAUGAGCACGAGAGUUUUAAAAGGAGAGGGGUGGGAGAAUCUCACCCCCCCAGAUCAUCGCCUCAUUCAGCCAGAGACAACGAGAAAGGAACAGGUAAAGACUCAGGGCGGAGAGAUGCUAAUGACAAGAGCAAACCUCCGGGAGACAGGAACAGAUAUAGAGACACGACAGACAGCAAAAGAGAAACCGUGUUGUCUUUUAAAGAUGCGCAGGGUAGAAGGGUUUCUGUAGUUUCGCCCAGAGAGGCCAAAGGAAGACACGAUCCAUUUUCUCGCUGCAGAGACGACGGCAGUAAGGACAACUUUGUGGCCUCUAUAAACAGUGUUCUAGGAACCCCGCAGAGCCCAGAGGGACCUAUUAGCCCCGGCCCCUGGAAAGUGCCCAGCUCAGCUAGAAUUCUCUCCCAGGCAGAGGUUCUCCGUGAGCCUCUGUGAUGGAAAAAACAUCGAGUCACCCAUAAUAUUAAACAGUGGAUUAUUUUUUCUGAGUUCUUCCAUAAAAUACAGAAACACGGUGGGUGCCACUUCUAUUACCUUCAGACCAGUUUCUUUUUUCUUUGGGGAGUCCUGUGACAUCACAUGUAGCAGCUCCUCCCCCCUGCCUCGUCCGCUGCUUCAGCAUUUUUGACGUGGGACUGCGGCAUGUUCGGGGCGUUUUGUCAGACAAGACACUUUGAAAUGUGAAAUACAGAUAUGUGCCAAUCCUGGGAGUCUCCUGUGGAACUACCAACAGCGCUUUCCUCCAUUACAAUGCAACGACCCAUAUGCAAAGAAAGGGAGAAAGGCCCGCUCGCCUCUCGCCUGUAGUAAACACCAACUGUGACUGUCAUCCAGAAAAUUCAUUUUGCUCGCUCUCGGUCUCAUUGUGGGAAAUUUUUGACUUUGUCUUCUUUUUCUUAAAAGGUUUUUUAUCUCAGCUGCAUGCAGUCGUCCUUCAGUUUGUUUUACUGCACGUGUUCUGCACAUCACUGACGAUGAUUCUUGUUUAUAACUCUCACUCUCAGAUUUCAAAUGCAACCCAGCAAGCGUUCACUUUACCAGGGACUCUAGACUGUUCUAUGGUUGUAGACGCGACUCUUCUCCAUAAACAAAAAAAACCUAAAAAACAGUAUCGUUAAAAAGACCAGAAACUUGUGGUUUGAGAUCUUGUUUACCAUGUGUACGAUAACCAACCAGUGUGUAAUUUAUUGAGAUAAUAGAUGAAUAUAUGUAUAUGUAGCCGUACCAAGCCAUUCCACAUUUUGAUAUAGACUUCAAAGAUUUGUCCCAUGUUAUUUGAGCUCUCACCCUAUUUCCAAUGUACUUCAGUGGUAGGAAUUACCAUGGGUCUUUGUAGUUCAUGAACUGUAUAGUUAACAUGCAAACCACCGUACCAAAUGUUUGCAGUCGCUCAAAAUGUGUCUCAUUGUGAAAUAUUAUAUAUAAAUAUAUAUAUAUAUAUAUAUUUGAAUGUGUCAUAUUUGCAGAUUCUAACUUUAAAGAUAUCUAUUGAAUUCCAUUGCACUGCAUCUGCCCUUGUAGCAUAACAGUAACAGAAUGACCUUGAGUUGUACUUAAUUCGUGAUGUUGACUUGCUACCAAUGCAUUGCCAUUUUUUAUUAUUAUUAUUGUUACUUUAUAAAGAUGUUUUUUUCUAAAAGAUUCACUGUUAAAGGCCAAAUUUUCAAUUUAUAUAACUCUGUGCAAGUUUUGAGUCAUACUCCCGGUCGUUUUACUUCAUCCUAUCAAGAAAAGAGAAAUUAGGAUAUAAAUGUAUGUAUUUGUGGGUCCUGCAGUGUGAUUAUGUGCCAGGGUAGCUUAAAGGAUAACAGAGUUUAGAGUGAUGUGGUGGUUUACUGAGAUACUAAGUACGUUGCUGAUUUACAGCGGAGAUCCCUGCUUCUUAAAUCCUGUAUUUAAAGUGUAAUAGAAUUGAUGAUGAAGCGAUUGGUUCUAAACACAGACUGCACAUAAAGAUGGACGUCAUGACUUCUUCCAAAAGUGAAGCCAAAGUGUCUCUAAUUUAAAAAAGACAAUAGCUGAUGCAUUUCAGUCAGUGUACGCCUGAGGGCAACCAACUCCAACAGAUGAGACGGUUGGUCCAAUGGAUGGGACGUGGACUAAACUAAAGAGUCAGAGAACAUGGUAAAUACAUUUUUCUCUGUAGUUUGUUCGUUCAAAUGCGAAUCUUUCUGGUAAGUUUGUUUUUUUAAUCAAAGUCAACUUUAUUGUCAAUUCUGCCAUAUGUACAAGACAUACACUGGGUUGAAAUGCCAUCUCUGAUCCCCGGCAUAAACAUAUAAGUAGAGAGAACAUAUACGCAAAAACAGAACAUAUACUAAGUACUUCAUGGGAAGUAAUGUACGAACAUCCACAGUUCAAGACAGCAGAAGCUGUGGUAUGAUGAGCAGCAUUUACAGUAAACAUUAUGAAAUUACUCCACUAAAGUGACCCUCAGUUAUUUGAUGCUAUAAAAAAGGGGUUAAACGUCAUGAUUGACAUCUGAGACUGACUCAUCGUCCUUCCUGCAAUCGCUAUUGCGCCGACUCCAGACGCCCAAAUGUAUCCGAAAUAUUUUAGCUUCAUUUUUGGACCAUGGGAGGAAAUGAAAUCUUGUCGUCCCUCUUUAUUUACAGUCUGUGGUUCUAAAAGUAGGAUCUUUAUCGAGCAUCUGCUGUAAAAAUGAAAUACACUGGCAUAUUUAUGAGAUUAAGAUGCAUUCAGAUGAGCUCAGGGAACACAGUAUCACGCAAAGGUGUGAUAAGGUCGAUAUCAGUGGCAGUCAAAUGGUGGAUGAUGGUCUGUGAUUGACUGUGAUGAAAGCAUGGGAUUGUAUGAGGGAGUUUUCAGGUUAAAAAUCACAUGAGGGUGCGCUGUGAGCCAAUCAGUGGCAGGUUUUCUGUGCAAUAGCUCGGUUGCUUGAACGAGUAAAUCCAAACUUGAGUGUUGGGUACAGGAAGUUCAUUCUGGUUUAGAAUCAGGCGACGUCCUCCUCCUGCACCGUCGUCCUCCUCUCCACGUUUAUUUUCAAUGGUUUUGUAUCUCAUUUCUGUAUCAUACUGUGGCCUUGCAUCGCCUCAUUAGAAAAACAAUCCUUGUGGUAUCUUCUACAUUCUGUAGGUAGACGGUAGAUGUAAAUGUUUGUACAUUGUACAGCACCUUUAUAAAUACUCGCUGAGUGCUCUUUCGGGGAGAGAAAAAAAAAUAGAAGUAUAUUAUAUCGCUCCAUUAUUUUUUUAUGUAAAAAAACUAAGAAAAUGUUUAAAAAUGGAUUGAAAAGGACAGGCAACGAGCUUGACAUGGUGUUCCG